AUGAGCACCAAUAAUAACCCCACCCCAAGCGGGACCUCAGACAAGUCCAACAUCUUGCGGAAAUACAAGAUUGUCUUCUUGGGAGACCAGAGUGUCGGUAAAACUUCGUUGAUCACGAGAUUCAUGUACGACACCUUCGACGAGACAUACGCAGCCACUAUCGGCAUCGAUUUCUUGCUGAAGACGAUGUACUUGGACGAUAAUAGAACCAUCAGAUUACAGUUGUGGGAUACUGCCGGUCAGGAAAGAUUCAGAAGCUUGAUCCCUUCGUAUAUCAGAGACAGUCACGUUGCCGUGAUAUGUUACGACAUAACCAACAAGAAGAGCUUCAACAACUUGGACAAAUGGAUAAAGGACGUCAAGUUGGAAAGAGGAGAUGACGUUAUCAUAGUCUUGGUGGGAAACAAAUCGGAUUUAGCCAACGAUAAGAGACAAGUUACCUUGGAAGACGUUGAGGCAUUGCAUAGAAAAGUCGGGUCGAAGUUCUUCAUUGAGACCUCGACCAAAGCCAACCAUAACGUCAAGUUGUUAUUCAAGAAGAUUGCACAGAGCUUGCCAGAGUUCAACACGUCCGUAAAUGAUGAAUUGGCUAUGGAAAACCGCGCCAAUAAGCCGGAAACCAUUGAUAUCAGUAUCGAGAAUAACGCUGCCCCUAGUAAUAGUAGCUGUUGUUAG